AUGUUCCGCGCACUCGGCGACGGCGCGCGCAAGGCGGCGUCGCCGCUGCAGCGCGCGCUGACCGCCUCGGCGGCGCGGCACCCGACGACGACGCGCCACGGCGGAUCGAUCGUCGUCGUCCAACUCGCGUCGACGCCGACGGCGUCGUCCGCCUCGUCCGCGGCCGCGGCCGCGCGCGCCGCCCACGCGACGCGCGGACGUCAUCGCGUCCGCCCGCUCGCCGCGGACGUCGUCGAAGUCGAGAUGCCGCUCAUCGCGAACAUGAUCGUCGAGCGCAUCCCGUUCCUCCUGCCGCUCCCGCCCGCGUGGGAGACGGAGUACAACGAGUGGUCGCACGAGCGCGCGCAGCGGUGGCGCAAAGAGCUCCCGAGGGAGAUCACGAACCCGAAGAAGGAGUACGAGUCCGAGGACGAGUUGCGACAGAUGGAGGCGUUCGUCGCGGCGCCGAGAGAGACGGACGCGGAUCGCGCGAACGACGUGCGAUCGAUGCGACGCAAGUCCGAUCAGUUUCUGUUCCUCGUCGUGCAAGACGCGGACACCGGGGUUUGGGGCUUCCCCCGGCGGAAGCACAGCGGGAAAGAGGGGGAGACGAUGCGGCAGGUCGCCACCGCCGCGAUGGAGGCGUGCAUAGGGGACAGCAUCGAGACGUACGUCGUCGGGAACGCGCCGAUGGGGAAGUUUCCCGAGAAGGCGGCGGCGGCGAAGAGAGAGACGGCGAAGAGAGAGACGGCGGCGGCGGAGGGGGACGGCGGCGGCGACGGCGGCGGCGGCGGCGACGGCGCGGCCGCCGCGCCGGCGACGACCGGGGGGGGGGAGGGGACGAACUAUUACCACCGCGCGCAGUGGAUCGAGGGGGUUCUGAAGCUCGAGUCGAAGUGCAAGGACUACAAGUGGCUCACGAAGGACGAGCUCGGGGAUCACUUCAACGAGGAGCACCACGCGUUCCUCAAGGAGAUUCUGUGA